AUGCCUACAGAAUCCGCACACAAGCCAGUAGUAAUCCCCGACAAGGACAUCUUCUCGUUCCUGUUUGAACGGGAGAGCAAAGCAUACCCCGAUAACCAUGUAAUCUACAUUGACGGCAACACCAAACGCGAACUCACCUACGCCGACAUCCGCCAGCAGGCCAUCACCUUCGGAAUAGGCCUCAAGUCGCAAUGGGGCUGGCGCAAGGGCGACGCUCUAGCAGUCUUCAGUACCAACAACAUUGACACACCGCCAUUAAUCUGGGGAACUAUGUGGGCGUCGGGAAUAAUUACACCCGCGAACCCAACCUACACGGUUGAGGAGCUGGCGUUCCAGCUUAAAGAUAGCGGCGCAAAGGCAAUUGCUACAUUACUGGACUUCCUGCCCAUAGCUACCAAAGCUGCCGCGGAAGCUGGGAUUCCAAAGGACCGCAUCAUCUUGAUAGGAGACAAGAAGAGCUCCGAGUUCAAGCACUGGAAGGAUCUAAUUGACCCUUCCACGAGCGUGAAAUGGAGGCGGACAAAGAUCAACCCAUCUAAGGAUGUUGCCUUCUUGGUGUACAGUUCUGGGACUACCGGGCUGCCAAAAGGUGUCAUGUUGAGCCACCGGAAUCUUAUCUGCAAUGUGCUCCAAGUCGAAUCCGGCGAAUCGGGCAACCUGACCCCCCAGAACGACCGCCUCAUCGCCUUCCUCCCCUUCUUCCACGUCUACGGCCUCACCUGCAUCAUGCACGUCUCCUUCUGGGUCGGCCUCACCACCGUCGUCAUGGACCGCUUCGACCUCACAAAGUUCUGCGCGCUCGUGCAGGAAUACAAAAUCACCUACUCGUACGUCGUGCCGCCCGUCGUGCUCCUCCUCGCAAAGAACCCCGUCGUGGACAACUACGACCUCUCCUCCAUCCGCAUGCUCAACUCGGGCGCCGCACCGCUCACAAAGGAGCUCGUGGAGGCCUUCUACGCGCGCCUCAAGAUCCCCGUCAAGCAGGGCUACGGGCUGUCAGAGUGCGCGCCCACCACCCACACCGUCCCGUGGGACAUCUGGCGCCCGAAGGUCGGCAGCGUCGGCACCCUCCUGCCGAACAUGACGGCAAAGUAUGUGGCCGAAGACGGCACGGAGCUGGCCCCCGGCGAGACGGGCGAGCUGUGGAUGAAGGGCCCGAAUAUCAUGCUAGGGUACCAUAAUAACCCGGCGGCGACGGCGAAUGCGAUCACGCCCGACGGGUACUUUAAGACGGGCGAUAUUGGCCACCAGGAUGAGGAUGGCAACUUCUGGAUCACGGAUAGGAUCAAGGAGCUGAUCAAGUACAAGGGCUUCCAGGUGCCGCCCGCGGAGCUGGAGGGCCUGCUGCUCGGCCAUGAGAAGGUUGCGGACUGCGCCGUCACGGGGGUGCAUAUUGAGGCGAUGGCCACGGAGGUGCCGAGGGCGUAUGUGGUGCUGGCGCCGGGCACGACGGCGACGGAGGAGGAGCUGGUGAGGUUUAUUGAUGAGAAGGUGGCGAACCAUAAGAAGCUGAGAGGGGGGGUUAGGUUUAUUAGUGAGAUCCCAAAGAGUGUCAGUGGGAAGAUAUUGAGGAGGGUGUUGAAGGAGAAGGCGGCGCAGGAGGAUGCGAAGAAGAAUGCGGAGGUUAGGGCGAAGUUAUAA